AUGAGUUUACCGAAACCACCAUCGCCUCUGACGGGGGCGUGCUCUGUCAUUCAUGACAACACACUUUAUGUUUAUACGCAAAAUGCGUUCAUGUCUCUUCCCCUAGAGCAGGACGCAGAAUGGAAGAAGUUGGCGACUGGAGAGAAGGUCUCUGGUGGAGCUUGUGUUGGUACUGACUCUGGUCUCUUCGUCGUUGGUGGUACCAGCGACUCAGACUCAUAUACCGGCCUACAGAAGUUCACGUACGGGGACAAGAAGUGGUCAACCAUUACUCUCUCAAGCCCAAUCACGAAGAAUCUGCAACACCAUGGUGCGGCUUAUCUCAAAAGCACCGACCGGAUUUUUGUCUACGCAGGCACGAAGGAUGGAAGUGAAACAGCAACGAGUGAGGGUUGGGUUAUUGGCGCUUCAGAGCCACACACCAUCCUCGCGACAGGACCAACUGUAUCGGCUCUCAACCCUAUUCUUCUUCCCUGGUCCGACACCGAUGUUUGCUUUGUUGGUGGCAGCGACUCGAACACUGCAGUCUCCUGGUAUAACCCUGAUGCCGGCUGGCGACUAUCCGGAACCACCCUUUCUGAGCCAAUUCCGAGUUCGAUGAAGGCUGUCCUUGUACCCGGUGACGAUGGAUCUAUCAGCCUCUACGUUUUCGAUCUUACUGUGAGCCCCAACAAGGUCCGCCGUCACCUGGUCUGGACUGCCGACAACCAACCCGUAACCCUCUCGGAGGCUUUGACGAAGCGCGAUGGAACCGACAGCGCCUGGCCAGUGUACAACGCAACACUGGCACCGAAGGAAGCUCGCAGCACCGACUACACAGUUGCCCAGGAUAGCAACGGGAAGAUCGUUUUCGUGGGUGGCAGUGACAAGCUGCCCGUCGCCAUGUUCGACGGAAAGGAAAACGCUUGGAUGGAUUCUGUCAAGGUCUUGGGCUCUGAGCCACAGAAGCUCCUGGCUGAAACGACCUCAUCCAAGAGCUCUUCUGCUACUAAGACCUCCACCUCCACCAAGUCGACUUCCACCAAGUCAUCUUCGACAGUUUCCUCCACGAGCACGGAAUCAUUUACCACGGACUCAUCAACUCUUUUCACCUCAACUGCCACUGCGACAGACAGCUCGACUGGCUCUUGGACUCUCUCAGAGUCUAGCACUGCCUCCUCGACUGAUGUUGUCCCCGUCGGAGGCGCAACUAAGAGUGGUGAUUCCGGUCUUAGCUCUAGUGCUAUUUUGGGUAUCACAUUGGGAACGAUUCUUGGAUUCUUGGCCGCGCUUAUUGUUAUUCUCCUGCUCCUGCGUCGUCGCAAGAAGACUCGCCAACCUUCACCGGAAGCCGCCCAUGCUCGACACAACUACCCUUCUGAUGAGAAGGACCCGAUGGCAUUUGGUAAUGGUCAACUUUCGCCAAACUCUGCCCACUUCCGCGGUCACAACCCUCAGCUGUCUCAGGAGUCAUACUCAUCUAUGGCUAUCCUGAUGGGUCGUGCUGGAAAGAACAAGACGAGCAUCACCCGAAAGCCCAGCAGCGGCACUAACCGAAGCUCUGUUGGUUCUCUGCACAAGCAGCUGAAGUCCAAAAUCAGCAAGCCCAUCCUACAGGAAAUGCAACACCCCGUCCUGCAAGGUCAGGACACCCGAGGUGUUGCUUUCGACCCAACUGUUGCGGAACCUCGCCCUCGCAACGGACCUCUUGAGACGCAAGACGGCAUGCGAAGAAGUUCCGGCUGGAACCGAUACUGGUCCGGCGGCAGUGCCCUCCAGAUUCUCGGCUUCGGUGGUCCUAAGAGGAACACUGUCGGAUCUGAUAGCGAAUCCCACUACUCGGAUUCGCUUGCAGCCCGCAACCCCCGUGUUACUCAGGACUCUGCCACUGUGCCCCCUUUGAACUUUGACUUCCGCCCUGAGAUGAACCGCGUCAACUCUGGAAGCCCUGUGGUGGCAGAAUACAGCAAGAUCCCCUUUAGAGAUGGAGUAGCUGGUAAGAUUGAGCGCCCCACCUCAAAGGCGUCUUCAGGCUACUCCAGUGGUAUCCCUGAGAGUAUCAACGAAACUUGGGAUCCCGACUAUAAGGCGAAGCCCUGGGGCACAGAUAGGGCGCCGAGCAGCGUCUAUAACCCAAGCUUCUACUUUGGAACACCUCUAUCGCCGAGUAUUCCUCCCCCUCCCCGCAACCCUCCAUCUGGUGUGAGCACACAACCUCAGCUUGCUAUGGCGUCGACAUCGUCAGAUAUGAGCUGGCUGAAUCUCGGUGACCGACGAGUCUAAGGACUUGGAGCCUCGACGAACCAUUAUGAAGCGUCUAGGUUCUUAAUGCUCCUCUAUAAUGAGGCACCGAUAUACCCCAUGAUGUUCUGACGCAAGCAUCUCCUUAUCAAACAUAUGCAAAAGUCUUUACGAACCGCGGAUGGAUCUGUUUUACUCGCAAGGCGCGGUUCUUCGCGAACAAGAUUCGCCUUUUGCGCAUCUAGCGCUCUGCCACUCUUUUCUCCUUUCACAUCUCCGUGCACGUACAUACGAGGACGCGCACUCAAACACACUCACUGCUCCUCAUGGACCCAGUGUCUAUCAGGAGGAGCCAUCUCUUUUCUCCUUUUUGAUAAAGCAUCGCAUGAAUCGGCGUCGGCACCUCACUGCUCGACCUAAUCUGUCUCAUAUUCCUUUUUCUUUUGCCCGACGUUGUCGUUUUUCCUGUACAUUCUAGACGAGGACCCGGGAUUGGUCGUCUUUUUUUUUUUUAUCUUCCCUUCUGUCGAUCGUUGUUGUUCUUAUGAUACCACCACCUCCUGUUGUAUGUAAUUGGCUAGAGUAGCAAAAGGGGAGGAUGAAGUCGGCGGGGGGGAAGUAGACGGAGAUGUGAAAUGGAGAAAAAGAAGUGACGGGUGGUAAGGGUGUUGAUAGUUGUUGUGGAGGAGGAGGAGGAGGAGGAGGAGGAGGAGGGGACGUGGUUGCUGGCCGAGGUUGAGCGGCGGCAACUCUUUUGUUAUGUGUGUAUGUGAUGGAGAGUAACGCUGAAGCGGGGGCUGCAAAGCCGGAACUUCAC